GGUCUCACAUAGGGCUGACAGACAGAGUGGACAUUAUUUGUAAGAACUACAUCGCUGUAGUGUUGUGUAUGUUGACUUUGACUGAAUAUAAAAAGUGACAAUGAUUAAGUUAUUUUCACUAAAACAACAGAAAAAAGACGGUGUAGACGUCAAUGAGAAAUCUGGAAGCCAAAAGAAAGCAUCAGCAGCCCAGCUAAGAAUACAAAAAGACAUCAAUGAAUUGAAUUUACCAAAGACAUGUCAAGUAGAUUUUCCUGACCCAGAUGAUCUUUUAAGCUUCAAAUUAAAUAUUUGUCCAGAUGAGGGGUUUUAUCGAGCCGGACGAUUUGUGUUUAGUUUUAAAGUUGGUCAAGGUUACCCUCAUGAUCCUCCCAAAGUGAAGUGUGAAACUAUGGUCUACCAUCCUAAUAUUGACCUAGAGGGAAACGUGUGUCUAAACAUAUUAAGGGAAGAUUGGAAGCCAGUGCUAACAGUCAACUCGAUAGUGUAUGGGCUGCAGUAUUUGUUUUUAGAACCGAACCCCGAAGAUCCCCUCAACAAGGAAGCUGCAGAGGUACUCCAGAACAACCGCAGACUGUUUGAGCAGAAUGUGUCCAAGUCUAUGCGUGGUGGUUAUAUAGGAUCUGUGUACUUUGAUAGGUGUUUAAAAUAAGGUCAUGUGACCUCGGGACAGAAGAAACAUAUUAACAUAUGGAGGCAUAUGGACGAGCAGACGCAUGCAUCAUUAGGAUUAAUUCUCCAGCUUUUACUGACAAAUGAUUUUAAAGUGCUGCGACAGUCCGAGAUGAGACUAGGACAGGUGUGGUUUAGUACUGAAAUCCAUCAACAGGUUGUAACAGGCUGUGUGUGGCUCCGGAUGCAGAGUUGGAAGGGACUAACUGGUUGCUGUUAUUUCACUGGUCGUGGAAUAUUUAGGAUAUUGUCAUUAGUCAGGUCUUGUCUAUAUUAUGCUGAAGUUGAAGAGUGCUUCAUUAAAGAAUUGUUACAUAGUGUUGAUUAUAUUUAUAAAUAUAUUUAUAUGGUUAACACUUUGAAAUGUUCACCAUCCUUUUCAGGGAACUUGCAAAGGGGGGCCUAUAUAUGAGUUAACUUAUGUAUGUCAGAUCCUCGUUUACAGAUAGUUGGAUGAAGAUUUGUGAAUUACACGCUUGUUUCCGAAAUGAAGCCAUGUUUCAAACUUGACCUAGUGUGAUGACCGGCAUAGGGCCCCCUUUUUUCGUUCCAACAUAUGUCAACAUUCUCAUCCUGUGUUAACAUAUGUUGUGUUUACUCUUAUGUAAUCUGUAUGUGAAAGUGUGCCUGUAAUGUGUCUCUCGACAGAAAUAAUAAAUGCUGCAAUUAUGUGACAAAUCGUGACAUGUAUCUAGAAAAUAUUCCUUUAUUACCUGCAUAGAUGAUUAUAAUGUCCACUUAUAAGUGUGUGAAUAGCUCCAGAAACACAAUACAUGUAUAAGUAAGUUGUAUCAGCUCUCAAACAAAUUGCUGGAAGUCAGUGGCUGAUUGCUGAAAUAUGUUUGAAUGGCCUCAAGCUUGUUCAUUCUGUGCAAACAUAUUAAAUAAACUCUGAAAUGAAAAUUACAGGUAAAAUUGAACACAUGUCUGAAAGAUUCAGAUUUGGAAUAAUGUUUUGAAACUUGACUUGUGAAAUCUUGUAUAUAGCUAGAUGAUUAAUAAGUUAAAUUUGGCUUUUGCAAGAUUUGUACAUAGAAGUAUCAAACACCAACAAGUUGUAUUGCUGGUAAAAAAAAACCUAAGGAAUACUAAUAUCCAUAUUUACAUCUCUUGAAUAAAAAAAAAAAACACCCAAAUAUUCAGACAUUAUUUUGAGCCUUUGAUUUCCUUUCUAGGAACAUGUUAUUUAAUAGACAAGAUUCCUAUAUAAUCACAGGAAUAUCAAUUUUAGAAUUAUAUCACUAUGUAUUGCUGUUUAAAAAUUGUAAGAAACAAAACAGAUCUGGGUGUACAUGUGUAUAUCAUUUCAGUGUGUACUCCAGAUUAUCACUGCAUAUUAAUGAUUCUGAAACUCAUUGACAUUGAGCCCAAAACCUGAUCUUUUUUUCUUCUACCACACUGUAAUAGUAACAAUAGAUGCAUUGUAUUCAAAGUUUAAAAAAAACACCUAAACAACUAAUGGUAUUAAAAUAUUGUUUAAAAGUG